AUAAUUUUCAACAAACAAUGAAUAUGAAGAAAAUAAACAACGUUUAUUUGGAAUGUGUUUCACACUAGGGACUUGUGGGUAAUUUGAAAAACAAGAACUUACAUGUUAAAAAUCUACUACGCUUCCUUCACCAAACCAUUGCAAACGCAGAUUAGAAACAUGAGUAAAAGGAAGGCCCCAACAGCUGACAGCCCUAAUGCCGAUUUUAGUGACUUUCUUUUCGAGUUGGCGAAUUUUGAGAAAAAUGUGUCCCGUAACAUGCACAAAUACAAUGUAUAUAGGAAGGCUGCUGGAACAUUAGCCAAACUCCCUAACAGGAUCAAGAAUGGAACUGAGGCUCAAAAACUGGAUGGUAUUGGUAAACAGAUUGGCAAAAAGAUAGAUGAGUUCAUACAGACUGGAUCUCUUGCUAAGCUGGAAAAGAUCAGGGCAGAUGAUAAUUCCCAGGCCAUUAACCUGCUUACUAAAGUAACUGGAAUAGGACCUGCCGCUGCCGCCAAGUUUGUACAAGAUGGCAUUAAAUCCCUGGAAGAUCUGGCAAAACACAAAGACAAGUUGAACCAUCAUCAGAAAAUUGGCCUCAAAUACUUUGAUGAUUUUGAGAAGCGUAUUCCUAGAGAUGAAAUGCUGGAUUUAGAGGCAUAUGUGCUUACAGCAGUGGAGAUGGUUGAUAAAGAAUAUACUGCAAAAAUAUGUGGCAGCUUUCGCAGGGGUGCUGCCUCUAGUGGUGAUAUAGAUAUACUACUAACACACCCUGCAUUCACCUCAACUGAUAAGAAAUCACCAGAGAAACUGAAAAAUGUUGUCAAAGAUAUGGAGAGCAGGGGGUUUAUAACUGACACAUUGUCACAUGGUGAUAGUAAAUUCAUGGGUGUGUGCCAGUUACCCAAGAAGAAAGAUGGGACAGAAUACUUACAUAGAAGAAUAGAUAUCCGACUUAUACCCCAUGAUCAGUAUUACUGUGCACUGCUCUAUUUCACUGGUAGUGAUACAUUUAACCGCAAUAUGAGAGCUCAUGCUUUAGACCAGGGCUUCACCAUCAAUGAGUAUACUAUCAGACCUAUGGGAAGUACAGGUGUAGCUGGGGAACCUCUCCCUGUCUCCUCAGAGAAAGAUGUCUUUGACUAUGUGGAUAUGAAGUACAAGGAACCUAAUGAGAGAAACUUAUAACUUUUCCUGACAGUUGUGCUCUCAGAUUUUGGCCAGUGACUUAACUUCCCCAGCAUACUGGAUAUACAUUAAAGCAAAUGGAUACACUAUUGAAUCGAGACACUGAAUUUAAGCUUGCACUUAGUUAAAAAUGCGUUGUACCCAGAUGAGAGUGAGAUCAUAAGAAAUCACAAUAGUUUGCCCAUUACUUAGUUGUGAUUUAUAAAUAGCUGAUAUAAAAAAAAUACUCUGUAGCCCAAAGGCCAGUAAUAACUCCUUCCCUCUGAUACGGCCAUUAUUGGAAGUUUGAAUAUGAAGCAAAA